AAAGAUCUUCCAAGAGACCUUGUCCCUCAGAUUUAGAUAUUAAACGAAAUGAUUCCCUCAUCCCACUUCAGCCAUGAUUUGGGGGUUGAAUUCACACGGGCUUCAGAGUAAUUUUGGUCGUUCCUGCUUCCUGCGCUCCUUUGUCUACAAGAAGCCUGAGCCAAGAGCUCUAAUGCCCAACGCGGGGAGGACGGAAGCCCCGCCCCCGCGGGGAGCCCCGCCCACCCGGCACACGCAGUCCCGCCUCCCACCGGAGGCCCAGAAACGACUUUGCGGCCUGGCGGGAGUCUGCGCCAUGGCGGUCGCGGGGUUUGUAGGUCGCGCUCCGGCUACAGCGUGGAGAACGGCAAGAUUCCCCCUUCUGUGUCAUUCUUUGAGGAAUACAAGUUCUUCUCAAGGAGAAAAGUCUGAGCCUAUCAAACAACCCCUUAAGAAGUCAAAGUUACCACAAGGUCGUUUGGAUGCACCAGAAGAUGAUACCCAUUUAGAGAAAGAACCACUGACCAAAUUUCCAGAUGAUGUUAAUCCUGUUACCAAAGAAAGAGGUGGACCCAGGGGCCCGGAACCUACCCGAUAUGGAGAUUGGGAACGAAAAGGACGCUGUAUUGAUUUUUAAGCCACAUAUUCUUUAAUCUCAUUAUCUUUUUCUGAAUACAUACAUCUGAAUUAACUUAUUUCUGAUUAUUUUCUUUGUGCAUAUCCUUUAAUCUUCUAAUUUCUAUAAUGUAUUUAAAAGUAUAUAUGAUGGCCUUGGAAGAAAAUAUGCUGCUAUAAGUGAGGAUGGGGAAAUAUUUCUGCAUUAACACAUUAAUUUUAACUUAAAUGUAUUGGGGUAUAUAAGUGAUGAUUAGAAUUGUACCUCUUUCAUCAUGUCUUAGUUUAAUCAGCUGCUUAUAAAAUGCAAAUGUAAAUAAAGCAACUUUUAAAAAAUGA